CUAAGAUUGCUACUAAAAAUCAACAUAUCAUUCACAAACAAGCAAAUAAUUUAUCAGAUAUAAUUUUUUUAGAGCUCAUCAAAUUAUUUAUGAAACUUGUUGAGGUUUAUUCCUUCAACCCUUGGACCCAACACGUAAGCCCAAAGGUUUCGAGUGGAGUGAGUGUAUGAAUGUAUAGCCCAACAACUAUCAGAUGGAUCCGGAAACAAGAGUAAUAGCAGGCAAUGUAAAUAGGUAUUAUUAACUCCGUAAUAACUCCCCUAAGUACAAUCUACUUGCUAAAAAGGGCACGUCGGCCGUUCGUCUUACAAGGCAGUCAAAAAUGCUGCGAGUAAGAAUGCUGAAGCUAGUAUGCUAAGAAUAGAAAACUGCCAACCCUUUACAAUGAAAUAAAUGCUUCUAUUUAUACCCGCCAAUGGGCAGGUGGCUGUAGUGACGUGGCAGCCUGUGGACCGCUGGUGUCCCAACUACCCAAUCUUUAGCAUUAAAUGCACUUCCCGCCAGAAUCUAGGUUUCCCGCCGGAUCAGUGGGGACGUUCGUCCACCCAGGAAGUGAGUUGGAUUGCUCCAAGUGACCCUCAGGUGAUACCGGCUGUUCGUCUCCUGGCCUUGAUAGAUACUCACCAUGUGGACUGGGUUUCCUCCGAUGACUACAGGCUUGCUCUGGGGACGUUCGUCGCCAUCCCUGGUGGCCCGUGGUUCUGCUCCUUGUCCCUGCAUAGACGUUCGUCGGGAUGAGCUGCUGGGCCUGAGCCCCCCAACACCAGACGUUCGUCCAUCCUCAAGGAAUAUGGGCCUGUGGGCUGGCCUAGUGUUCUAACUGGACGUUCGUCUGGCAAAAUGGGUUAGUGGGCCGGGCCUCGGCUUGGGCCCUUAACCCAACACAAGUCCCCCACUUCUGAUGUUCUGAGCAUGCGCAGGACAUAAGGAAGUAUGAACCUCCCCGAAGCAGACGUCCGUAUCUUGGUACUUGUGUUUAUUGCACCUGGUGGAAGCGUACGUUCGUGGUCCUGGUGCUUGACAGCUGUUGACGGUUCAGGAAACGAGGUGACGGCUGAUGUUGCGGCGGCGCAUUUUCCCGAGGAAGUGUCAUCAUUACGUUCCCAUCCCACGCACAGCGCGUGGGCCGGAAUACGCUCCUUGCCACGUGUCAGUCCCUCGUUGGUUUCUCCAUCGGUGUUUCUCCUAUAAAUGCUGGGUUUUCCCUCUGAAUUAGGGUUCCCAAUUUCUGCUCUCUUGCUCUCGAUCUUCCGCAGCUCUUCAAGUCUCCUGAAUUCGGCUAACCCCUUUGUAAGGUAAUUUCCCCCCUUUGCUUCUUUUCUUUACUCUGAUUUCUAGUCGGAAUGACUUCGAUGGAGAUCUCCUCAAGUUCUGAUUCCAGUUCGUCGGGUUCCUCCUCGGGCUCCUCUUCUGAAAAUGCGAAUGCACGCUCUCUGGGCAAAACUAGUGUUUCUGGAAACUCGGGUUCGGCCACGACGGUGGGAACCAUCCGGGCUGAUGGUGAGCCGGGUGGUGCUUCCCAAGGUAGUGGGAGCAGCGCCAGGGGUGGGGCUUCCCAAGGUAGUGGGAGCAGCGCCAGGGGUGGGGAUGCCGAUGAGGCAGUGGACGUUAUUGAUGCGGUCCCCCUGAAUGAGCGUCCUGCUGAUUAUGAUUCUGGAGAGGAAGCCGAAUCCGGUUCUGAUAUGGAGGUGUACGAUCUGGGCAUCCCCACGGAUAUGGAGCGCCACAUCUGCCCGAUCAGGAGCGCCCUUGACCACGACCAAGUCCUCUCCCGCGUGGCCCUCAAUAAGAUCCGUACCUUCCUUCCUCCACCGUUCGUCUGGAGUGUGAGAGGCGCUGAGCAUGUGAUGAGGAGACGUCCGGGGAUGAUCAUGCUUCACCUGGAUUCCGUUGAAGCCGGGCUGCGGUUUCCACUUCAUGCGUUCUAUGUGGAGUUCUUCCACUGUUUCCAGGUGGCCCCGGCGCAAUUCAUGCCAAAUUCUUAUAGAUUCAUAUCGGCCUUCUUGGUGCGCUGCAAACUUGCGGGGGUCGAUGCCACUCUGGAGCUCUUCCACUAUUUCUACCGCGUCACUCCCCAGAAUGCCGACGGGUAUCUGAGCGUGGCCGCACGUCCUGGGAGGCGGCUGUUCAAGAGCUACCCCUCGUCCAUCCACGACUGGAAGAACCGCUUCUUCUUCCUUCGAUACGACGGGCCUCCUCUCCCUCUCCGGUGGAAUGGGUAUCCCCCAAAGAUUGAGUCACCGGAGCCGACCGACGAUCUGCUUUUGGAUGCGGAGAAGGUGUUGGAGGGUGGCGUCCGUCCCAUAGCCGGGUAUCUGACCUUCGAGGCACUCUCCGGGGCAGGCAUAGGUUCUCCGCCAGAUCGAGACCAGAUGAAUCACGCCGAGUGUUUGAAGACAAGGAAAGCCAAAGCGGCCGCUGCUAAAGCCGCACUGGCGAAAGCCAAGAAUGCCCCCGCCCCGGAGUCCAACUCCUCGGCUUCUGACGCUGCCCGGCGAACCGCCGAGGGUGAGCAGCACCUGAUUGCCACUAUGCUGGCUCAGGGUUCCGGGGCCCCUGCUCUUGAAGCUGCCCUUCCACCGCCGGCCGUCCCGUCGAAGGCGGCUCCUCAAAAGGGGACGGAGAAGGUCCCCGAAAAGAAACAAAAGAGGGGCCGCGAGGCAGUCUCCACCGGGCCCCUGCUUGAAGAUGCCGGCUCCUUGCCAUUGAGCCGCCCGGCGGAAGAGCUUUGGAGGGAGAUGGCCCUCAAGGCUGGCCUAGAGCUGCCCAGCCGUUCGUCUUCUGAGGCGACCAGCGCUGCCCUGGCAGCCGCUCUUCAGUCUGGGCUCCUUGUCCUUCAAGCUGAAGCUGCCCGGGAGGCCGAUCUCAAGGAGGCCAAGGCUAAGGCCGAUGCGGCCAUUGCUGCGGCUCGGGAGGUCGCCCGUCGAGCCGAGGCGGAGGCUGCGGCCAAGGGGAGGGAGAUUGCAGCCCUGCAGGCUGAAUCCCGCAGCCAGUUGGCCGGCCUUGAAAGAGCCGGUUUCAAGCUUGUUCCGGUGCUCCCUGCCGCCCAGGACGCCACUCCGGAGUGGUUAGUCGACACCUCCGGUUACAGGAACACCGGGGAGUUCAUGGAUUCCGCCAAGGAUUAUUGCGCCGGAGCCUUCGGUGACGUGUUCUCUGCGGCGCUGGAGAAGAUCCCACCCCGGCAGCGUCUGGCGAGCGGGGUCCGGAUUCUGGAGAGCUCCCCCUUGUCCCACAAGUUCCUCUACGAGGUCGGCGACAGCUCCUUCGCCGCUGGUUAUAAUGAGGGGGUCAAGGCCACCCUUCCCAUCUUCUCAAGGCUGCAGGGGGCCGACUUCGAGCUCGCUGCAAAUACGGACGACGAUCUGCUGCUCCAAGCCUUGGGGAAGUUGGGGAGAGACCAACGGCGGGAGGAAGCCAAGGCUAGAGGGGAAAUUCCGGAACCCCCGUCCCCCGAGCCCGAGGAAGAGGAGGAGAAGCUGAACCAGGGUGGCAGCCGACCGGGAUCCCCCUUCUUUGUGUAAUGUAAUUUGUAUUUUUCCAUUCUAACUUUUGUAAUGUCCGGCCGUUAGAGCCGAAGAAUAUACAUCCUUUCGCCCAUAAUUGUUCCAUGUUCGUGAUCUCUACUUGUUACUUUUCUUCCCUUCGUCCUUUGUUGUAUGGAAACUCCCUUUGUAUUUCGAUAUUCUCUGUCGCAUAGUCUGCGUGGACGUUCGUCUCUGUUCCCCAUUUGGUCCGGGGGUAGGGGCGUCUCUUUGCCAAAACCGUGUACACAUUUAGUGUGCGGCGCCAGUGUUAAGGUCCGCCUUU